CUAUGAACAUCACUUCAGAACAUGCCCCCAGCGGCGCGCACCCUGCUGCCGCCAGUGAUACGUGUCACCCAGCAGUGCCACCCACCUGUGCCCAUCAGUGCAGCCCACCUGUACCCAUCAGUGCCACCAACCUGUGCCCAGCAGUGCCACCCACCUGUGCCCAGCAGUGCCACCCACCUAUGCAUAGCAGUGCCACCAAUAUGUGCCCAUCAGUGCCACCCACCUGUGCCCUGCAGUGCCACCCAUCAGUGGUGCCCAGCAAUGCCACCCAUCAGUGCUGCCCAGCAGUGCCACCCAUCAGUGCUGCCCAUCUGUGCCACCUGUCAGUGCAGCAUCAUCAGUGC